AUGAUCGAGCCUAGCUGCCUAGCAGCAGUAGGAGGCCAUGGAGAUGCUGCGGCGAAACCUGAAGCGGCAGGCGUCGCGCUCGUUCUCUCCGCCUUCGCCGGCGCCGCAUCCCCGCGCGCCGCCGACCAGGAGAACCUCCACCCCAACCUCGCCUCCUCGCCGCCGGCGUCGCCCGCCAAGGGCGCCUCCUCACCACGCCCCAAGCAGCCAGCGGCUGCGGCUGCGGCUCCGCCGGCGGCCACCAACGGGGAGGAUCACUCCACGGCCGCUACCACCGCGCCCUCCGUCAAGGUGGUGGUGAGGGUGCGGCCGACGGUGAGCCGCCCGGUGGACGGCAAGGAUCUGUGGUUCGUCCGCAAGACCGCCCCAGACUCGGUCGCUGUCGGCGACCGGUCCUUCCCAGUGGAUGGCGUCCUCGAAGACAGGGCCUCUCAGGCCGAUGCGUUCGAUCUGGUGGGAUUGCCCAUGAUCGAGAACGCCCUGGCCGGAUUCAAUACAUCCCUCGUCUGCUAUGGCCAGAGUGGCACCGGGAAGACGUACACCAUGUGGGGCCCUCUCGGCGCCAUGGUUGACAGUGGCUCUGACCAUGCUGACCGGGGCGUCGUUCCUCGGGUUUUCCAGAACCUGUUCUCUCGAAUCCAAAGAAUGCGAGAGAGUUCUCCUGAGAAGCAGACGAGCUACCAAUGCCGUUGCUCGUUCCUCGAGGUACAUAACGAGCAGAUCAAUGAUCUGUUGGAACCAUCUCAGCGUGACCUGCAGAUAAAAGAGAAUGCUGGCAAUGGUAUCCAUGUUGAGAACUUGACUGAUGAGUACGUGUCAACAGUAGAGGAUAUCAAUCAGAUCUUGAUGAAGGGACUGUCAAACAGAAAAGUUGGUACCACCAGUAUGAACUUGAAAAGUUCCCGCUCUCAUGUGAUAUUCACCUGCAUUAUUGAAGCAUGGAGCAAGGGUUCAUCAAAUGGGUUUAGCAGUUCAAGAACUAGCAGAAUUACCUUUGUUGACCUUGCUGGUCCUGACAUUGAUGAACUUGAUGGUGCAGCAAAGCAUUCCACAAAGGAGGAAAGACAUCUUAAGAAGUCUCUUUCAAGGCUUGGGAAACUAGUCAACGUUCUUUCAGAAACUCCAGAGUCCCAUAAAGUUGAUUUACCAUAUGAGCAAUCCCGUUUGACACAUGUGCUGAAGGAUACACUAGGUGGCAACUCCAGGGUUAUAUUUUUGUGUUCAAUUUCUUCAGAGCACAGAUGCAGAUCUGGAACCUUAAGUACACUAAGAUUUGGUGAGCGAGCAAAGCUAAUGCCAAACAAACCUGUGAUAAAUGAGAUAUCAGAAGAUGAUGUUAAUGGUUUGAGCGAUCAGAUACGUCAGUUAAAGGAUGAACUCAUAAGAACAAAGUCUGGAGACACCACAACUUGCAAGGCUGGAUACUUCAGUGCACAAAGUGCCCGUGAAAGCUUGCAUACUUUGCGAGUGAGCCUCAACCGCUCUCUUAUCUUGCCUCACAUAGAAGUUGAUUCAGAGGAAGAAAUGGAUGUUGAUGAAAAAGAUGUGCAAGAACUGCGUGAUCAAAUUAGCAAGCUUCACUCUUCAUCUGAAGAUACCUUUGAUGACUUCAUGGAUGCGGAGAGUGGAGAUGAAAACACUCCUUGUUCUAUGGGAAGAAGUGGAGAAGAUGAUCAAGUUAUCAUAGAUGAUUUUGAAGGUCCACAACAGGAAGAGCACAAAGAAGUAUCUAACAACACAAAUGCUAUUGAAGACCUCGGUUCUGACAGAAAAUCUAGUCUAUCAAUUAGUGCCUCCCCACGGUUGUCACCUAUUCAGGAUCCUACAUUGUGCUCUUCUCCAAAGAUCCACAACAAGGCAAGAAAGAGCAUCACUUCACCGGGGCUAUCACCAAGCAAGCUUAGAGUAUCUGACAGCCCAGCUGAUAGAAAUGUCGAAGUGCGUAGAAAUAGUGCAGUUCGGUCCUCUCUACAAUCAAGCAAGCUUAGCCCCACUGACUCACUGGCUGCAAGUCUCCAACGUGGCUUGCACAUUAUAGAGUAUCAUCAACAGGAUCCAGCCCCACGAAAAUCAUUUAUUGGCCUUUCAUUUGACCAUUUUGCGGUGAAUCCUCGUCAGUCAACAGCAAAGUUCAGUUCAGUUGCUCAGGCUCUACCUGAGGACCAAGGAAGCAAUCUUUGUUCAUCCUGCAAGAAGCCAAUGAACACAAAUGAAAAUCAGACAGAAAAUGUAAACUCAGACAAACAGAUUGUGUUAGCCUUGGGUGCCACAUCUAAUGAAUCAGCUAGCGCUUCAAUUAAGGAUGGCAACAUAACCAAGGAAAUUGCUUCCAAGAGAGAAACUGAGCUUGAAGCUUUAUGUGAAGAACAAGCAGCAAAGAUCAAGGAGCUGAGCACUUUGAUUGACCAAUAUAAGAACAGGUCAGAAGAUGGCCCAGAUUCAAAUGGUAUGGCACCUGCAGAACUGACUAGUGAAGGCAAGGUUUCUGAACAAUGUCAUGAUAGUAAGGUGUCACUCAACGUGAGUGAGAGGGAGGCACUUCUUGCUGAAAUCGAGAGUCUGAAGGAGCAACUCAAAAACCAGACUACUGUAUCAACAACUGAUAGCCUUCUUGAUCAGUUAAGGAACGGCAGCACAGACCAGGAGUAUGAACUUGACAAAGAAAGGCAGAAAUGGAUGGAGUCUGAGAGCAAGUGGAUCUCACUCACUGAAGAGCUGAGGGUCGAUCUAGAAUCAAACAGGAUGCAUGCAGAGAAGACCGAGAUGGAGCUCUGCAAUGAGAAGAAGUGCACGGCAGAGCUGGAUGACGCUCUUCAACGAGCGAUGUACGGCCACGCUAGGAUGGUUGAGCAUUAUGUUGAGCUCCAGGAGCUGUAUAAUGAUCUUCUCGAGAAGCACCGCCGAGUGAUGGAAGCGAUCUCUGAGGUGAAGAGGGCGGCUGCCAAAGCAGGCAGGAAGGGCUGUGGGACGGCCUUUGCUGCUGCCCUUGCCGCAGAGCUUUCCACGGUGAGAAUCGACCGAGAAAAGGAGAGGGCUCAGCUGAAAGAACAGAACAGAAGGCUCCGCAUUCAGCUACGAGACACUGCUGAAGCUGUUCAUGCUGCUGGAGAACUGCUCGUCAGAUUGAGAGAAGCUGAGGAAGCAUCUACACUAGAAAAGGAGAGGACUGCCGCGUUGUUGCAAGAGAACGAGAAGCUGAAGAAGCAGCUGGAGAAGCUGAGGAAGAAGCACGAGAUGGAGCUGGAGACGAUGAAGGUGCACCUUGCGGAGAGCCGGCUGCCCGAGUCGGCUUUGGGUGCCUUCUACCACCACGAGAACGAGAGGACGCCGGAGUACUCGUGCGAUGCUCCAUUGACGCACGAUGACGAUCAGUCUUGGCGGGCGGCCUUUGCAUCUGCCUACGAGUGA